ACUUCGCAAGAGGCCAAGAGUGAGUCUCGGCGUACACACAUCAGUCCAUAACUACACGUCAAUGCUCAGGCCGACAUCGCGUGACGUAGCAACAGUAUGACGUCAGGCGCUGCUACAGUCAGCGGGAGAAGGCCUUGACCUUUCCCCGCAAACCGGAUGAAAGAAAGCCUGAAACAAAAGGUCAACCGUCGCCUGCUGCGAGCUACCUUUCUAAUAAUUAUAGGAGGCGCUGAGAGAAAGGCAGGCGUAGCAAAAAGUAUGACACGCGACACUAGUGGUUGACUGAAAAAAAUCAUCUGCAAGUAGUCCAGGAAUAUCAGUUCGUGCUCUAACUAUAACCAGGGAGUCGGGUAUGGAGCGGGCAGCUUACUAGAAGCCGUUCUACCCUCAGCCGGCUCACCAGAAGAGUCAUAGAGCUCACUUCUCAAACAGGUCAUUGACGGGUCAUUUUAAGGCCAUACCCAUCAUCCUACCAAGAUCAUGCCUGUCACUGGUAAAAAGAACGUGUCAGCAAUAAUUAUUUCCACUGUGAUGCUUAAUAUCUUCACAGUUUUUUAUUAUACAGCUACUACUGGGGAACGUGGAAAGAUAUUUCAGGAGGACUUCAGCGAUUCUAAGUUGGCAGGUCUUCGUGUUACCAUGGAGACUGCGUCAACAUCAGGUGUGAAAAUCUACAGGACAGACAACUACAGCUGCUCUCAUCUUCUACCGUUCCGCUUGUCUGACGGGACACUUGCUAAGAUUUGCACCUAUGACCCCAACGUUGACUACAUCGCGAUUCGAAUUAAAGAAUCGCAAGCUUUUGAGGAUAACCUCGUUACCGACAUCAUGUUGGCCCUUCGUUCAGCGGAAAAGAAGCUGCUGAGCACAGCUCAGCCAAGCAGCAAAGAUGACCAACAGAACGUGACGUUGGUGGACCUGGGGUCAAACAUCGGGGUCUUCACCCUGACAGAAGCGAUGGCGGGGUACGAGGUGCUGGCUGUCGACGCCAUGCGAGAAACUUUGCAGCUGAUGGUGACCUCCUUGCACCUAGCGGGUGUGACGUCACGCGUAACCGUCCUCCACAACGCUGUUUCUGACGUCAGAGGGGUCAUCCACAUGAAGGUCAACCGCCAAAAUAUGGGGGCCUCGAUGGUCAACCAAGAAAAGAACACCGGCCAAAAUGACAGAGGAGACGACAAUGUUACCGCUGUCUUUCUGAGCGACCUCAUCCCCUACGUCAGGUCCCGCCAUGUUGUCGUCAAAAUGGACAUCGAGGGCUUUGAGGAGAGGGCGCUGUGGUCGGCCGGCGAGUUCUUCGAGAAGAUCGAUGUUUAUUCCGUUCUGAUGGAGUGGAGCUUUCACCGGGGGGACAGCGGACCUCCCAUCAUCCGAUUCAUGUCAUUGAGGGGCAUGCUACCUUAUUCUGAUGCCAACAAGAGUCAAGCUCUGGAUCCAAAUUUCUAUAGUACUUGGCCGGGCAACGUCGUUUUUAUUAGAUGACUUGCUUUAUUAGAGUCUUUAAUGUAUACGCACUAACACGGUCACAGAUACACAUUCACACACAAACACAAACAACUUGCCCUUUACCCUACCUCCACACACACAAUUGUUUCCCUUUGACCGCGCGAGUACUCAAAACAAAGGGAGAUAGCUCCGUCUCACUUGCUCAUAAAGAAAUUGUCUCCCCUUACUUGUUACCUGCACAUUUGUCUUAAAUAGUGGUCGUCUUAUAGCUUUUUCAGCAUAACUUUUUACGAUUAAUUAUCAAUUUAAUUGCUGUCAUUUUGGGGUUUAUAACAAUUUCUGGAGUAAAGAAACAAUUAUAACUUUAGAAGUAACUACACAAUAGCCUCGAUGUCUGUUCGUCUGUCUCCGUCAUGUGCUUCCCAACUGUUCGCCUUGCUCCUGUUGAUGAUAGCAUUCAUUGCGUGUCAGUGACAAGCAUUACUUAAAAGCUGCAUAUGGUACAUUACAAUAAUAACUGUACCUGCCAAUGGAAUGUGUUACACGCCAAUAGCGGGAUAAAUGCCAG